AUGCCGCUCUCAAUCUUCCGCAAGCGUCAUGAGGUUGAGGAGAUCAUGCCCGUCCCCGAGCCUGUUGAGGGUAAUUCGUCGGGCGUCGACCACCUCAAGCACCUGGCAGCCUUCGAGAAAGCGCACAAGCUGGACCCUAAUCUGCCCAUUGACGAGUUGAACGACGUGGAUGCCGCCCUGGCCACUGGCAAUGCCGAAAAGGGCCUCGAGAUUGAGCACGCACUCAUGGAGGAUAACAGCCCAUACCCGGAGGUCCGAGCUGUAGUCAGGAAUUACGACGUAGAUGUUCCUGCCAACACGAUACGAGCAUGGGUCAUCGGUUUGCUGCUCUGCACCGUUGGCUCUGGUGUCAACAUGCUCUUCUCCUUGCGCAAUCCCACAGUCGCCAUUACUACUUAUGUUGUUCAGCUGGUGGCCUAUCCCAUCGGUCGCGGAUGGGACAUGAUUUUCCCCGACAAGGUGUGGAAUGUGUGCGGUGUCAAGUUCAACCUGCGACCGGGCAAGUUCAAUUUCAAGGAACAUGUUGUCAUUGUUGCCAUGUCCAAUGCUGCGUAUGGCGGUGGUGCUCUCUACGCUACUGAUGUUCUCCUCACCCAGAAGGUCUUUUACAAGCAGGAAUUCGGCCUGGCUUUUCAGCUCCUCUUCGGCAUCACCACACUCUGCACUGGUUAUGGCAUGGCCGGCUUGGCUCGUCGUUUCCUUGUUUGGCCCGCAGCCAUGAUUUGGCCUGCCGAUCUGGUCAAUUGCGCCCUGUUCUACACCCUGCACGACCAUUCGCGAUCAGACCCGUCCAAGACCAACGGUUGGACCAUCGGCCGCUACAAGCUCUUCCUCAUCGUCAGCUGCGCAGCCUUUGUGUGGUAUUGGUUUCCGGGUUGGAUUUUCAGAGGUCUUUCAUACUUCGCCAUUGCCUGUUGGAUCGCCCCCAACAGCGUCGUCGUCAACAAGAUAUUUGGCAACAAUCAUGGAUAUGGCCUUAUCCCCAUCACUUUUGACUGGACAGUUGCGACCGGCUUUAUUGGAUCGCCUCUUAUUCCGCCGUUCUACGCCAUCGUCAACGUGUUGGGAGGCAUAAUAUUCUUCUUCGUCAUCGUCUCCAUGGGUAUUCACUUUAGCGGUAGCUGGUACGCCGACUACAUGCCUGUCCAGUCCUCAAAGUCCUACGACAACACUGGAGCGCCCUACAACGUAUCUCGCAUCCUGGAUGCCAACUUCAACUUCAACGAGACCGCCUACAAAGAGUACUCUCCUCUGUAUCUGUCUACGCAAUUCAUCAUGGCGUACGGCAUGUCCUUUGCUGCCAUGUCUGCAGUUCUGGUUCAUGUUGCCUUAUACCACGGUAAGGAACUUUGGAGACAGUUCAGAAUGGCGCGCCAUCAAGAAGAUGACGUCCACAUGCGUCUGAUGAAGAAAUACCGCGAUGCCGAGGACUGGUGGUAUGCCGCUUUGUUCAUUGUCAUGGUUGGCACCUCUUUCGGUGUCGUCACCGGCUGGCCAACUGGAUUCCCUGCCUGGGCGUUUGUCGUCUGCCUCCUUCUUCCCAUCAUUUGGCUUAUCCCCAUUGGUCUGAUCCAGGGCAUUUCCAACAUACAGCUCGGUUUAAACGUCCUGACCGAGUUUAUCAUUGGCUAUAUGGUUCCUGGCAGACCCUUGGCAAUGAUGAUGUUCAAAAACUACGGUUACAUUUCCAUGUCUCAGGCGUUGUACUUCGCGCAAGAUCUCAAACUCGGCCACUAUAUGAAGGUGCCCCCCAGGGUCAUGUUCUCGUCACAGCUCAUCGCAUCGAUUUGGUCCGCCAUAAUUCAAAUUGCGGUCAUGAACUGGGCCCUGGCGAAGAUCCCGGAUAUCUGCAACGACGACCAAAAGGACAGCUACACCUGCCCCAGCGGACAUGUCUACUACACCGCGUCGGUGAUAUGGGGUGCCAUUGGACCAGCCCGCAUUUUCAGUCAUGGCGCUACCUAUGCGAACCUGCAAUGGUUCUGGCUUGUUGGUGCUGCCACCCCCAUUCUGACCUGGCUCCUUGCCAGACGAUGGCCCAGGUCGUUCUGGAGAUAUGUCUGCACCCCCGUCAUCUACGGCGGCACUGGGCUGCUUCCUCCCGCGACUGUCCACAUCUUCCUCUGCUGGGGCGUGGUCGGCAUCAUGUUCAACUACUUUGUCAAGCGCCGCUACACUGGUUGGUGGCUGCAGUACAACUACAUUGUGUCUGCCGCACUAGACUGCGGUCUCAUCAUCAGCACUCUCGUCAUUUUCUUCACUCUGUAUCUGACCAGCGCAAGUGCUCCAGCAUGGUGGGGGAACGACGGCAUGACGGAAACCCUUGACUGGCAUGCGCAGGCAAUUACGAAGCACGUGGCACCUGGCGAAAUUUUCGGACCUGCAGUCUUCCCUUAG